AUGCAGGAACUCACAAAACUGGAUCUUAUGAAACAGAACUGGAGCAGACGAACCUGCCAUUUACAAACACAGCAGCCGAACGCGGCGGCGACACACUGCCAGCGCCGGCCCCGGGCGGGCUCACACUGCCCCCGCCCGCCGGGGCAGCGGCGGUGCCCAGGAGCCGGCAGGGGCUGCGGCGGGACAAAGCGCGGGGCCGAGCGACGAGGCGGCGGCAGCUCGGGAGCUCCGUCUGACCGCGGGCUCGGCAGCGGGCGCUGGGGCAGGGACGAGCGAGGCGCGUCCCUGCCCGGCUCCUCCUCGGGAGCCCCGCGGCAGCGCCGCCCCCGCCCGCACGGCCCCGGGGCGGCCGCAACUCUCGGCGCGCAGCCCGGCGGAGGGAUACGGUCCCACAGCCGGUCCGGCGGCCGCACACGAGGCCAUUUGUGCCCGGUCCCGCCGCCCCGGGCGCGCCCCGCGGUCCCGCCCGCCCCCAGCCCCGGCUGCCCCGCGAGCCUCCCGCUACCGGCGAGCGCGGACUAUUUAAUGUCUCUGCCGCAGCACGGGGCACCGUCCCGUCCCGUGCCGCCGCGGCCACUCGCGCCCCCUGCCUGCUCCGAGCCGCUCCGGACCGUCCCUCUCGCCCCGCGCGGGGCCUCCUCGCUCCCCGCCCGACAACCCCCGCGGAGUUACCUCGGGUACCGCCACCGUCCGGCGAGGCGCUGCCGGCCGCCAUCACAAUUUCCAUCCGGGGACUGCCGGGUGCGAGCCCGGCUGAGGGGCGGCCGCGGCGGAGGGAUACGCGUUCACCUGAGGGAUAGGCGGACGGCGGCCGACGAGGCCCAAGGGGGAUGA